GUUCACACUAAGCAAUGGAAUACGAAUACAAUAUCCUCUUUAUUCAUCACAAAGAAUUUUACUGCUACAACUUAAGAGAUUGAGUGAGAGCAGAGAACUCUUAAACCAGUGUAUGUUAUCAAAACUUACAGCAUAUAGAUCUUUUUUUCAGGGUUUACAUGGCUUGGUCUGCUGUGUCUUCUGCUGUCACAACAAUUGGCCAGCUGCUAACUCAAGAAGCAAUAUACCUAUGGGGCGUGAAGGAGCAAGUUGAUCGUUUGCAAAAGGAGCUGAGAUGGAUGCAAAGCUUCUUAAUAGAUGCAGAUGCAAGACAAGGUGAGAGUGAAAGGGUACGUCUUUGGGUUGCUGAAAUCAGAGAUCUUGCUUAUGAUGCUGAGGAUGUUGUCGAGACUUUUGCUCUGAAGAUUGGGUCCAAAAGGAAAGGAGGUUUUACGAAUGUCGUCAAAAGAUCUGCUUGCAUCUUGAAGGAGGGAUGGAUGCUCCACAAAACCAGGACAAAGAUAGAGGAAAUCAUGGCAAGCAUUUCUGAGUUGACUCGACAACUGCAUACAUAUGGCAUAAAAGAGUCAAGGAAUGGAGAAGAGUCAACUUCUUCUAACGAAAGGCGUGAGUUAAGGCGGUCUUAUCCUCAUAUUAUUGAAGAUAAUAUUGUUGGAUUGGAUGAUGAAACUAAGAUAUUGGUCUCGGUUCUUGUUGAUGAGGAAAGUCAUAGCCGAGUAGCGUCUAUAUGUGGAAUGGGUGGCCUAGGGAAGACCACUCUGGCUAAAAAGGUUUACCAUCAUAGCCAGAUCAGAAGUCAUUUUCAUCACUUGGCUUGGGUAUAUGUCUCUCAGCAAUGCCAAAGACGAAAUGUAUGGGAAGGAAUUCUAUCUAGCUUUAAAAUUUUGGAUAAGGAGGAUUGGAAAAAGCAGGAUCAAGAGUUGGCAGAGAAAAUAUUCAAUUACUUGAAAGAUAAAAAAUGUUUGGUGAUACUUGAUGAUAUAUGGAGCGUUGAUGGUUGGGAUAGUUUAAAAGCUGCGGUGCCAAUGAGAGAGACAAGUAGCAAGAUAUUACUCACUUCCCGCAACAAAGAAGUAGCUUCGCAUGCAGAUACAAGAGGUUAUUUGCACGAAUUGCAAUGCUUAGAUGGUGAAGAUAGUUGGGAAUUGUUUCAAAAUAUUGCAUUUCCUGAAAGAAAUUCUCCAGACUAUAAAGUUGAUUCAAGAAAGGAAGAGUUAGGGAAAGCUAUGGUUAAACAGUGUGCAGGGUUGCCAUUGGCCAUCACAGUGUUGGGAGGAAUUUUGACUACAAAAAAUUCAUUAGAUGAAUGGCAAAUGGUGUCUGAAAAUGUCAAGUCAUACAUAAAGAGUGGUAAAGGCCAAGAAACUGAGCAUGUGUUAGCCUUAAGUUAUGAUGAUCUGCCAUCUUAUUUAAGACCGUGUUUUCUUUAUUUGAGUCAUUGUCCAGAAGAUUACGAGAUACCAGUAGAUAGAUUGAUUCAAUUAUGGGUUGCAGAAGGUAUUGUUUCAUCAAAGCAAGAUGAAGGGAACGGGGGAGAAUUUAUGGAAGAUGUGGCAGAACGUUACUUAAUUGAACUUGCAGAAAGGUGCAUGAUUCAAGUAGGAAAAAGAGACUCAUCCUUGAAGAUCAAAACCUGUCGGAUGCAUGAUCUCAUGAGAGAUCUCUGUUUGUCAAAGGCGAAACAAGAAAAUUUUCUCUACAUCAUUGACCAUUCAAAUUUAUGUCAGAGUACGAAAAAUUUUUCUCUAUCCAUUACUGGUGCAAUUCGUAGAAUUGUUGCACAUGAAGGUACUUUUGUCCAACGCAUUAAAAGUUCCCAUCUUAGAUCAAUUUUGUUCUUUGCUGACCAGUUUGAAGGAUAUUCCAUGAGUGAAGCAUUUCUAAACCCAAAGGUGCAAAAAUACUUUGAAGAACAUGACAAUAUAUUGGCGUUGGUUUCGUUGGUUUUCAUAUUAUGUAAAGUGCAUGGAUCUUGGACAUACAUGUUCAACAAUUUUAAAUUGCUUAGAGUCCUAUACUUGGAAGGACGAGACAAUAUUGGAGGAUGUAAGUUUCCUAGUGCUAUAGGUAAUCUCAUCCAUUUGAGAUUCUUGAGUUUAAGAGAAUUUGAUUUCAUUUGGCCAAAGUUUCCAUCAUCUUUAGGCAACUUAAGGUGUUUGCAAACCUUGGAUUUAAGAGUUAAUGAGGAGGGUUUCUCCAUUCAUGUACCUAACGUGGUAUGGAAGUUGGAACAAUUAAGACAUCUGUAUCUCCGGGAGAAAUGUAACCAUAAGACCAAGUUGAAGUUGGAUACAUUGAAAAAGCUUCAAACGCUGGUGAACUUCAAUACACGGAAGUGUUUUGUAGAAGAUCUUUCUAACAUGCUAAAUCUUAGAAAGUUGGAGAUAUUUUUUGAAGAUUUUAAGGAGGAUUUGGAUAAGAAACUCCCCAUCAUCAAAAGCAAGCGUAUUCGGUCCUUAUCUAUUCGAAGAGGUGAAAGAAUUGAUACACCAACUCUGGUGUUCCUUCUUUCAAGCUGUUUUACUAUUUGUGAAUUGAGUUUAUUGGCGGAGAUAGGGACGUUACCAGAGUACCACCAUUUCUCUUCAAAUAUCGCUUACAUACUCUUGAGUGGGUGCAAGCUUGAGGAAGAUCCUCUGCCAACACUAGAGAAGCUUCCCAACUUGAGGAUUCUCAAAUUGGAUGAAGAAGCUUUCACAGGAAAGAAAAUGGUUUGCUCUGCAGAAUGUUUUCCUAAACUUGAUUCUCUAAGCCUUCUUUGGCUUAGGAAUUUGGAGGAGUUGAAGGUGGAUGAAGGAGCUAUGCCUACUCUACGCCAUUUGGAGAUUGAAUACUGUAGUGAACUGAAGAUGCUUCCAGAUGGAUUGAGGUUCAUUACAACCCUCCGGCAACUGAAGAUUGAAUGGAUGCCAAAGGCAUUCAAAGAUAAACUGGUGGAAGGAGGAGAAGAUUUCUACAAAGUCCAACAUGUUCCUUCUAUCAUUGUUGAAAACUGUCACGAGGUCACACCAAUAAUUCUCAGAUUGAAACUCUGAAACUGUGAAAUUGUCAUAUUUCAGGAGAAAAAUGGGAUUGUGGUCAGUUGGAUUCGGAUGCAUCAACAAGGAUAAGAAGCCAUUGGCACUUCUUCUUCUGCCCUUCAUGAGGGGACCAAAUAUAGUUGUUCCAACACUAUAGAAUAAUUGUCUGAUGUGAAAUUGUCUUGUACUAUCUUCUAUUGCUGUUGACAUGAUUGGUUUGCUAUUAUUUUCAGUUUUUUAUUUUCAAAGUUGUAAUACUUUCAGUUUUUAUUGUAAAUUUGGGUUUGCUACAUUUAUAUUCUAUUGCUGUAUUUUCAGUUUUUA